UUUUUACCCGAGUCCAGACUCGGUUCUGUUUUUCCAUUCCUCCCACAGGUUUCAAUUCAAAGCCUCCAUUCCUCCCUUAAAACCUCCUCUCGUCCUCCUCCUCCCAUUCGCCUCGCCUCGCCUCGCCAGGUUGCCCCCACCCGCAUCCCGCCGUUCCAGCCCCCUUGCUGCCGCCGCUCCCAUGGCCCAGCCACCGCCUUCCCCCUCCCGGCUUGCCCUCCUGACCUUCCUGUGCCUUUUCCUGCCAGCCCUCGCGCUCGCGGCGCGCGCGGCGCCCGCCGCCGACAAAACGAUACACGAGCUCCUGCGGUCGCAGGGCCUCCCCGGCGGGCUGCUCCCGCGCGGCGUGGUGUCCUACACCCUGCAGGCGAACGGGCUGCUCGAGGCGCGGCUGUCGUCGUCUUGCUACGCCAAGUACGACAGCGGCGACCUGGCCUUCUUCGACACCGUGGUGCGGGGGAACCUCAGCUACGGCGCGCUCCGGGGAUGCGAGGGGCUGGCGCAGGAGGAGCUCUUCGUGUGGCUCCCCGUGAAGGGCAUCCUCAUCGCCGAACCGGACAGCGGCGUCAUCACGUUCGACAUCGGCUACGCGAAAAAGAAGCUCUCCAAGUCGCUCUUCGAGGAGCCGCCGGAGUGCAAGCCGUCGGUCUCCACCGAGCUGGGCGCCGUCGAAGCCGCCCGCUGGAGGGAUAGGCCAGGUGUUCCUGGCCUGAGGAUGAGAGAGGCACAAAGAGGAGGUCACCAGGACCAGAGGUGAGGAGGAGAGAGAAUGCAAUGAGAGAGUGAGUGUGACCGAGGGAGAGACAGAGACCCAAGCAGACAAUGCCGAGCCAGUUUUCCCCUAGUGUAAAAUCAGAUCCUGUGUUGUGCUGAUGAACGAGAAUAGUGCUGCAGCAACUGCUGCUGAGUGCAUAGGUUUGAUACUAGUAUCUACUUAGGGGAGAUGUGGGUACUUUGCACUUCUUUUUUGUUUGGUUUCUCUUCUCUGUUCUCUUUUUUUCCACCUCCUUUCUCUAGUCCAUGCAUUCGGCUGUGUGAUAUUAAGUUUGUCAGUGAUGUGUUGGAAGCAAGAAAAGAACAAGGGAAAAGGCUGGCCGGGAGAGCCAAUUGGAGGGCUGUUGUUGUGCAUGAGAGAGAUACUCCUUGCAGGGAAGUUUCUUUGGCUGAGCUGAGCUGGUGGUGCCAUGCAUGUGUGUGUAUGCCAGCGCCAGCUCAGCAGGUGAGUGAGCUGGGCACAGCACAUAGGCUUGCUCCCUUCCCCUCCCUGCAUGUGAUGUUGUGUUUUCUGGUGGUUGAGUGCACCCUGUGCUUCUUCUCCUCAUCCUCCUGCCUAGUGCCUAGGUGAUUACUGAUUAGUCGGGUACACAACACAAUCAUACAACACAUGCCAAUGCUAUUAUUCAACUGUGUUCAGGUCAUA